AUGGCCGCGGCGGCCGGUCUGGAUGACCUGGACCGUGUCGGGACGGCCCAGCACCUGGACGCCCUCGGCGAGGUUGACCGGAGCGGGGUUGUCCCGGAGAUCGGACCGAAGAUCCUUCAGGGGCCCUGGACCACCGUCUCGGCCGGCCGCUGGAGGCGUCGGGAGGCGAUGCCCGUCUUGGAGGGGCGCGCUCUGGUCUGGGGGGUCCGUCACGUGAGCAGGGGUUUAAGUGAGUUUGGCAAGAGAGUCUUGUUUCUGACCGAUGGGCUGUCCGAGGUGCUGGCCCUCGAGAAAGGUUUCCCCGAGGACAAGCACGUGGCGGACAGCGAGGGCCUCGCGUUGACGGAGAAGGAGAACGCGGAGGACCUCUACCAGCGGGUCUACCACGCCGCCCUCGCCGAGUUCAGGAGCAUCGCCGUGACCCUGGGCCUCCGCCUCGGGACCGCCGCGGACUACGACGGAGUGGCCCUGGAGCGGGCCCAUCGCCCGCUCUUCGACAGCGGCGGCGUGCAGGAGGGGUCCAGGCUGGCGGCCAACCAGUGCGCCGCGCGUCUCGUCGCCGUGACGUUCGUCUCCUGCCUCCAGCUCGCGGGGCUGACGUCGCCAGCCGGACGGCAGGUGGCGCCGCCAAGCCGGGCGGCCGGGCACGACGCGCGGCCGCUCGUGCUGUUCCCGAUGGAGAAGAAAACGUCCGGCAUAAGCGGCACCUGCAACGCGAGCAUCGUCGGCGCCCUGCCGUUCUACCACUUCAUCGGGAGCAUGCUGAAGCUGCCCAAGAGCAACGUCGGCGAGAGGGAGCUGGCGGCGCAGGCGCGGCACAUGCUACGGGUGCAGGCGUGCCGAGCGGCAGGCCAGCAGCUCAGGUUCGAGGGCCCGCCGGGCCUCUACCAGCUGCGAGACAGCGGGGCGUCCGCCGACUUCGCCCGCGGCCGCCGGAGCUUGGCAGAGGUGCCAGCUCGCGGGCGCUGGGCGACCGACAGCUCGGCGCUGCCGGCCUUUGCCGCCCGUGCGGGCGGCGCCGUGGCGCUCGAAGUGUUCAGCGGCUCGGGCAACCUCAGUCGGGCCUGGCGGCGGCGGCAGCAAGCCUUAGGGUUUGCCGUCUUCGAGUGGGACCUCCGCUGGGGCGAUGAGUAUGACCUGACCCGCCGUCGCGUGCAGCGCAGUGUGCGAGGAUGGGUCAACAACGGUCUGGUCGCCGCCGUGUGGAUGGGGACCCCGUGCCACAGCUGGAGCCGCGCACGGGGCAUCCGACCUGGGCCCCCGCCACUUCGAAGUGAUGUACACGUAAUGGGCCUGCCUGACCUGGCGCCCCGGAGUGCCGAGAAGGUUAGGGUCGGCAAUGCCUUAAUGAAGUUUUCGGCCUCGCUAUUCGCCCUGCGCCAGGCCGUGCGAGUGCCGGUCGCCACCGAGAAUCCUCACUUGUCUAGAAUAUGGCUGACGCCACAGUUCAAAGGUCUGCUGAGAAAAUGCCGCACGGUCGUGUUAGACUUUUGCCAAUUCGGCCAAUCGUGCCGGAAGCGCACCCGCAUAGUGUACGAUCAUGUUGAUUUGCAGCCCUUCGGCCGUCUUUGCAACGGCCCCCGCGGGAUUUGCUCUCGCACGGGUCGCCCGCACGACCAGCUUCAGGGAACAAAUUCUGACGGCAUCUUUCUCACGCUUUUGGCCGAGGCUUACCCAGCCGACCUCUGUGCCAGCAUCGUUCGCUGUUUCCAGUUCGCGCUUGCAGAAAAACAAAGUCAGAGAGUGCAGAAGUUGUGGCGCGGCUGA